AUGAGCACAAUAAAUAUAUUAUACCCACUUAUGCUAAAACGCCCCAGUGUAGAACAGCUCAAACGUGAAUAUCAGAGCUUGUUAGAUAAAGCACACUGUACUUAUCAAUUAGAUGAUCAUCUCCAUAUAAUCGACCGAAUAUCACAAAAUUCUAAACUGCGUUUGUCAUCCGAAUACAUACUCAAAUCUACCAGCGCUAAUGUAAAUAAGUUAUUCAAUGGAGGACUGUUAUCUAACCAACUGAAUAUCUAUGAUACAAAAGAUGUGUGUUUAUCUGAACACAUAGUGUCAAGUUUUAUUGCAAAUUCACUCAUCAUACAUCCAUUAAGUGAUGUAAUAUAUAUUACUAUCAAAACCUUCUAUCCUAAAUUGGUGAUAUCUCAAUUACCUAAAGAAUGCGACUAUAAGGAUACACUUUCGAGGCUGCGAAUAUUACCCAUCUAUGGGAUAAAAGAUUUUAUAUCGUCUAUUAAUUAUGCCAAAUCGCUUGAUCAUAAAAUAUCACUCGUCGUCAUCAAUGGAUUGAAUAUUAUCCUAGACGGUACACUGAGCGAAGAAUUUACGAAUACAGUUAUGCAAUCACUCAGGAUUCUACCAUUCCAUCUCGUUUGUUGUAUGCUCGCUAUAAAUUACAAGUGA